GUUUUCUUUAAUAUUUGGUACUGGCCACAGCUGCUUGAAAUGAAUAUGAAAAAAAAGAUGAAAUUACCUCUAAUAUGAUGCCGGUAUACAUGUUGGAUGUGUUGCAAUGCAUUAAAGCGCAAGCGCCUCCUAACCUAUUAAAAUUGUGCACCCUUUGACAGAUAUGACAAAAAGUCACAACAUAAACAAUAUGAACUAAAAGCUCAUAAGUUUCUAAUUAAAUAAAGUACAAAUGAAGAAAACAAUUUAGUUAAACAAAUUAUAUAUGUAUAUGUAAAUAGAAUCAAUUUUUUUGUUGUUGUGUGUGGAAUUCAAAUGGAUUCGGACGAGUGGCUUCAGUGCCGAUUGUGUUUUGCAAACGGUCAGAAUUAUAUUGAUUUAUUCGAGGGAACUGAAUAUAGUUCAUUUGUUACAUCGGUGCUGGGCGAGCAUAUUGCACAGGUAAAGGAAAAUGAUGGGCUACCGAAAUAUUUGUGCUGCGUAUGUUGGAACAAAACAAGUAAAUUCCAUUCAUUUCAUCAGGCUGUACAAAUUGCUCAGGCAAAUUAUUUAAUGCAAUUCGAAUCAAAAUACGAUAUCAAUGGAAUUGAACAUGAUGAUAACCAAAACAAUCCCACGAAUGAUGUUAAAUUACCGAAUUUCAUUGAAAUGCCACAAAGUGGCACCGAAUUUGAUAACGAGAGAAUUGAUGCUGAAUUUGAAAAUGUAUUUCAAGAAAUUGAAUCACAUCCACCCGUUCAAAGUGCAAGCGAAUUUUUGACCGAAGUAAAAAUUGGCCCUAUGUUAGAAAACGAAGAGGAUACGGCCGAUGAAAAUGACAUUGAAAAUGGUGAAUUGAAUAACAAAUUAGAUAUAAAAAAUGAGGAAUCAAGCGAUAAGGCACAUUUUGAUUACAUCUGUGAUGUGUGCGGCAUUGACCAAAUCACAUUCGAACAAUCACUUUUACAUUACAAUCAUGAACAUAAUCAAGAAGGAUAUAUCAAAUGUUGUGGAAAAAAAUUCUUCAAAGAAUGUACCGUCGACGACCAUAUCAAAUGGCAUCAAAAUCCAGAUAUCUUCAAAUGUAAAACGUGCGGUGUACAAUUGGGCACAAGACGAUCAUUUUAUAAGCACAAUAGUUGGCAUAAUGGACCGCAACGAUUCGUAUGCGAUAUUUGCGAUCGAUCGUUUAAUUAUAAAGAAUCAUUGAAGCUUCAUAUGUAUAGAUAUCAUAUCAGGGGAAGAAAUAUUAACGAAUCCAAAUGUCCAGCAUGUUUAACACGGUUUCCAACUCCAAAAACUUUGGAAGUUCAUGAGGCGAUAUGUCGUGGUCCAGAUGCCGCCAAUGUGGCCAAAGAGCAGCUUAAAGGUUUAAAAGAUAUCAUUUCAUCACUGAGUACGGCUGAUAUUCAACGUGUUGUUGCCGAACAUUUUGAUAUGAAUUGUGAUUUAUGUGGCGAAGAUUUUGUUGCAACUUCACUGGUUCAAUCACAAUUCCACUAUAUGAAUGAGCAUCAAGUGGCUGACGGUUAUAUCAAAUGUUGUGAUUUAAGACUUAAACAUCAGGAUCAAAUACUUGAACAUGUACCAUAUCAUCUAAAUGAAAAUCUUUGCAAAUGCAAAGUGUGUGGCAAAGAAAAGAAAACAAUUCGCCGAAUUCGUUCACAUUUGGAAUUGCAUAUGAAACGUGGUAGCUAUCGAUGUAAAGAGUGCAACGCAACAUUCGUGCGUGAAACUUAUUUGAUAAUCCAUAUGAAUCGAAAUCAUGUGAAAGUAAAACGGUCAAAACCCACAUUCACCCACGAAAAUCGGCCAGAUCCACAGGAAUAUUUCGAUAUGCGUUGUGAUCAUAGCGAAUGCUCAAAUGUCCUAUUUACAUCGUUGCAACAUGCAAAAUUGCAUUAUAUGCAAGAGCACGGAAAUCCAGAUGGAUACAUUAAAUGCUGCAACAUAGUUUGUAAAACCAGCUCCGAAGUGGACGACCACAUGCGAUUGCACAUAAAUCCAAAUCAUUUCAAGUGCAAUUACUGUGAUAAAUUAUUCACCACAAGAAAAUCGCUCAUACCACACAUUUCAAAGCACAAAGCAAAAGAGUCAAAACUUUACAGUUGCAACGUGUGCCAAAAAUCGUUUGCAUCAAAUCAUGAUGUAAGAGUGCAUGCUAAAAAACAUGAGGAGAAAAUCAUCGAUGACAAGAAGGACGAACCAAAAAUUCCAUGUUCGUUCUGUUAUCGCAAAUUCAAAACUGAAGAAUUGAAAAAAUCACACGAAGAUCGUAUACACUUGAAAAUAUGGAAUGAUGAUCGGCAGGAGAUUUGUGAAUUUUGUGCCAAACGAUUUAAAGCAAAAUCCGAUCUUAAAACUCAUAUUCGAAGAAUGCAUACAUCAAAUGAUAAACCGCAACAAGUAUUCAAAUGCGAAAUUUGUAAUACAUCGCUGACAAAUCAGUAUAUACUUAAAACGCAUAUGCUGAAGCAUUCAUCAGAUCCACAGAAAUGUCCGCAUUGCUAUAAAUUGUCACCGAAUGAAAAUGCACUAAGUCAACACAUCAAAAAGAAUCAUCUGGCCAAACCCAUUCACAAAUGUACCAUAUGCGAAAAAUCAUUCAAGGAUAUUACAUCACUUAAGAGUCACACUGCCAUACAUACGGGUGAAAAAAUGUUUCGAUGUUCGUAUUGCCCCGAAGAAUUUAUAUGGAGAUCGAAUAUGUAUGUUCAUCAAAAGAAAAUGCAUCCGGCCGAAUGGUCCGAGCGAAAAAAUCGUCGACAAACUAUUGUAAAAAAUUAAAGCAUUCCAAAACAAAACACAUAUUCAUAUGAAAGACAAAAUAAAAAAAAACUAACACAUAAUCAUAUCCAAAUUUUCUGUGCAUUCAAUCUAAUGAAUAAUACACACAAUACAUAUGAUAUCUAUAACGACAGAAGAAAAAUAAUAAUUGAAAUAAACGAGAAUUGCUCAUCAAAA